AUGCCGUCGGAGGAGUUUGUGCGUGGGAUGAUGUAUUUAUCCCUGACUGUGGUGGGCAUCCCUGGCAACACCGCCAUCGUCGUGGCCUUCCUCUCUGUCUUGCACAGGGACAAGCGCCUCCUCGCCGCUGAUGCCAUUGUGCUGCACUUGGCUUGCGUCAACCUGGUGGUUGUGGCCGUGCGUUGCCUGCUGGAGACGCUGGCGUCCCUCCGCCUGGCCGACAUCUUCAGCGAGGCCGCCUGCAAGGGUGUCAUCUUUGUCUACCGGACGUCCCGCUCGCUCUCCAUCUGGCUCACCUUCGUCCUCAGCACCUACCAGUGCCUGAGCAUCGCCCCUCCAGGGUCACGCUGGGCAUCCUUCCGAUCUUUGCUGGGCCGCUACUUGUGGGUGGUGUUCCUGGCCCUCUGGCUGAUCAACAUGUGCAUGACCUCGGCCGCCGUUCUCUUCUCCCUCAGCGCCAAGAACGUGUCGCUGUCCGCCAACCACGGCAUCAAUGUGCAGUUCUGCUACGUCAACUUCCCCUCCAAGCUCUCCAAAGAGGCCAACGGGGCAGCGCAGGUGGGCAGAGACGUGGUGCCCAUGAUGCUCAUGACGCUCGCCAGCCUCAUCAUCCUGCACUUCCUUUACAAGCACAGCCAGCAGCUCAAGGGCCUUCGCGGCGCAGGCGGAGGAAGAGGCGGUGGCGGCAGCUCGGAGCGGCGGGCGGCCAAAGCCGUGGUGGCCCUGGUGACUUUGUACGUGGUCCUCUACGGCGUGGACAACGGAAUCUGGGUGUACACCCUCACAGUGAGAAAAACCAUGAGCAAGUCGCUUUUUUCCGACCUGCGUAUAUUCUUCUCUUCGCUGUAUUGCGCGCUGAGCCCGGUCGUCAUCAUCGCGUCCAACAGGAAGGUGAACGGCCGACUUCGGUGCGCCGUGCAGUCCAAUUUCAUCAAGGAGGGAGCGACCACUCUUUCCACUCUCUAGUGACCAGAAUUUUGUACAAACUUAAAACUAAUAUAGCCGUGGAAGUUCAAUUAUAACGUUGCAUAAAUCAAAUCAAGAAGGACUACCUAGGUCACUUCUCGAAAGUAAACCUAGCAUAGGACACAGACGUCAUAACACCAUCAAAGCUCACCUUUAAACAUUCACACCCAGCCCGAACAAGGAUGAGGCGAAAGGUAAAAAUAUAUCUAUUUCUGGCAGUAUGGGGGCGGGGGGAACUUACGUGCAGUUUUACUUUUGCAUCUAAAUGCCCAUAACUGGGCCCUCAAUUAAAGUUAGAAACAGACUUUUCUAGUUUCAAAGACAGGGGUGGACUUAACUCUUAUAGGAGAUGCACUAAUAAUUAUGUAAUUAUAAUUAAAAUGUUAAUCUAUUUGUGGCAGCA